AUGAUUCCAAGACUAGCUUGUAAAAGUCAUUGCAGACCCCCAUCCCGGAACUGGCCAGGGCCUCACUUUGUUUUCUGCUUCUCUCCCUUUCUCUUUUCUGCCUCGCCCCAGGAACUAGCUAAAUAUGAAUACAUGGAAGAGCAAGUAGUAUUAACUGAAAAAGAUCUGCUAGAGGAUGGUUUCGGCGAGCACCCCUUCUACCACUGCCUGGUUGCAGAAGUGCCCAAAGAGUACUGGACUCCAGAAGGACACAACAUUGUUGGUUUUGCCAUGUACUAUUUUACAUAUGACCCAUGGAUUGGCAAGCUAUUAUAUCUUGAAGACUUCUUCGUGAUGAGUGAUUAUAGAGGUUUUGGCAUUGGAUCAGAAAUUCUAAAGAAUCUAAGCCAGGUUGCAAUGAAAUGUCACUGCAGCGGCAUGCACUUCUUGGUGGCAAAAUGGAAUGAACCAUCUAUCAACUUUUACAAAAGAAGAGGUGCUUCUGAUCUGUCCAGUGAGGAAGGAUGGCGACUCUUCAAAAUCGACAAAGAGUACUUGCUAAAAAUGGCAACAGAGGAGUGAGGAGUGCUGAUGUAGACAAUGACAAGUUCUGUUCUACUUAGAAUACAUUUUCAACCUAUCUUGCUUUCUAUCCUGUUUGUAGUAGAAUAAUAGAAUGAGCACCCAUUCCAAAGCUUUAUUACCAGUGGCGUUGUUGCAUGUUUGAAAUGCAGUCUGUUUAAAAUGGCAAUUUUAUAUGCAGUUUGGAGUCAUAUUUUUCCUUGAACAUCUUUUGAUUAAACAAGGUGGUGUGAUCUUAAUAUAUACGAAAAAAAAACUUCAUUCUUGUGAGUCAUUUAAAUGUGUACAAUGUACACACUGGUACUUAGAGUUUCUGUUUUGAUUCUUUUAUAAUAAACUGCCCUUUGAUUU